AUGCUUUCUUCUCAUUUUAUCUUCGUUCCUUCAUUUUUGACCAUCAACAUCCUUCUUUUCCUAAUUGCCAUUCUUUUUUAUUUUCAUCGCUCUUCUAUUUUCCUCUUUUUAUCAUUUUUCUUCUUAUAUUUUGUAAUUUAUCUCUUUGUUUGUAAUUCCUUCCAUCUCCUUCCUCUUACUUUCUCACCAUUCCUACAUUUCGUUUUGAUCAAAAUUUUCAUUCUUUUUCUUGUCAUCGAAUCGUUUAUAUUUCUUACUCGCUCAUCAUUUCUACACAUCGUUCUUCUUUAUUCUUUUUCUUCUUCAAAUAGAACUUCAUUCUCCCCUCUUAUUUUCUUGUCUUUCAUUCAUUUGUUUUCUAUUAAUGACGUCCAUUCUUCUCUAUACACUGAGUCAAUGUUUUGGGGUGACCUUGCUGUUCGUGGGAGGCCAGGUUUCUUUUUCUUUACAUCACCCGUUUCCCUGAAGUUGUUUACCUAUAAAACAAUAGACUGCCGGCCAGGAACACGACCACGGGGGGACAAUAUUGAAAGGUCUACAAUAUUGAAUGCACGUUGCGUUGCGACGAUUGAGCGACCGCUUGAAAAAAAAUGCCUCAACAUCGAAAGCGCGUUCCAACUUCGUCAAAUCCAUGAUGCUCACUGGGGUUCCUGA